GCCCAUCUGGGGUUGAGCCAGACUCAGGCUUAUGUUUUCCAGGCUGUUGCUCUCUGACGGGCCCUGACACCAUGACGGGCACCGUGGGGGGCUCCCUGAGUGUGCAGUGUCAGUACGAGGAGGACUACAGGGAUGCACAGAAAUACUGGUGCAGAAAAAAAAUUGUAUCACUUUUACCAUGUGACAAGAUUGUGGAGACACAAAUACCAGACAGAGAAAGGAGGAUCAACCGAGUAUUCAUCAGGGACAACCCUGCAAACCUGACCUUCACAGUGACCAUGGAGCACCUCACAGUGACGGAUACAGGCACAUACUGGUGUGGUAUCAACAUACCCGGAAUGUUUGAUCCUAACUUCAAGGUUAAGGUGUCCGUGUCCCCAGCAUCAAUACCAGUGGUGCCAACAAGAAUCACUACAGCCCAGACCUCAACAGCCACAAGUGAAGACCCAACUGUGCCGUCUACAACCUUGUGUGCAGUGAGUGCCACUCACAGCGCAAGCAUCCAGGAAGACUCCAAGCAGAGCCCAUGGGAAGGCACGGUCACCCACACCCCUGCCUCCAUCCCACACCUCCGGCCUCCCUCUAGGCUUGCCCUGCUGCUCUCCUUCCUGGUGAUCUUACUGCUCCUGUUGGUGGGGACCUCGCUGAUAUUAUGGAGGAAGUUUCAGAAGCCAGUCAGAGCUGGUGAGCAUUUGGAGCUGUCCCAGGGUCCCAGGCAGGCUGCCGAGCAGAGUGAGGAACACUACGUGAAUCUGGAGCUGCUGGCGUGGCCCCUGCGGGAAGAGCCGGCACCACCGAAGCAGGUGGAAGUGGAAUACAGCACCGUGGGUGCCCCCAUGGAGGAUCCUCACUAUUCCUUAGUGGUGUUUGAUCACCAGGAUGCUACAGCCAACGGGAUGUCUGUCCAGAGGCCCCGGGAUGUGGAGCCGGAGUACAGUGUGAUAAGGAAGCCAAGGCCUUAGCUUCACACCGAGCUCCCUUUGGCCCCCAGGACCCCCAGGGAUGGCUCCUGUAGCCUUCACCCAUGUCCCCCUCAGCCUCCUGUCCUCAAUAGUGGCACAGGCAGCUGUCCCUCUUGUGCUGUCAGCCAGGCUGACUUCACUGAGGGCAGGCAGGAGCACGGGUUCUGAGGGGCAGUCUCCUCUCUCCUCUUUGUCCUCUUUAAUCCGGGCUCUUUGUGUGGAGGGGGCAUCUCCUCCAUCCAGUGCCAUGUGUCUCCAGAAAAAGACAUGGCUCACAUCGGCUGGCACUUGCCAAUAGCUUUGUGAAUCACAGCCCCAUAAGAACGGCUGGCACUGCUUGGGCUUCAAAAGAACUGGCGAGAAGAACCAACAGAAUGCAAAGGAGGGCAUAUGACCUCAUGCAGGGGACACAGGAGCACUAAAGACCCAGCCCUCCCAUCUCACAGACAAGGAAACUGAGGCCGAGAGAGAUGAGAGACUUGUAUAUGGCUCUGGAACUGGUAGCAAGUUGCUGGGGACUCUUAUAUAGGUUUAUUUUUUAAUAUAAGGUGUAUAAAUAAAGUUUCAAAUAUCUUAUUGAGGGAGAAGAAA